UCGACGCAUCGUCGUUGGGGCAGAGUUUAGACAGUGAUACUACUACUACCCUCAAUCACGCAUUUCAAACACUCCCAUGUUAACCAUUUUCAAUCUUUCAAUGCUGUGGCUGAAGAGUAGAAGUUGAAACAGAUUCAAGCACAAACAGUUCUCGAAGCAAGGACAAAGCAUAUAUAAAAGCCUCUUCAUCAUUAUAUUGGGGUUCUUCAAAGUUCAAACCAAGUUCAUUUUUGAACGACCACAACAGAUUUUCUUGUAUCAAACAUAUAUGGCCACACUAGCUACAGUUUUCCUCCCUUCUAAGCUUAAGCCAUCGCAUUCGGGGAACCAGGUCUCUCCAUUCACGCACAAAACACCACUCUGGAAGAAAGUUAACCAACCACUAGUGCCUGUUGCUAGGUUGUUCGGGCCAGCCAUAUUUGAAGCUUCGAAGCUGAAGGUUUUAUUCUUAGGAGUGGACCAAAAGAUACACCCCUCAUAUCUUCCUAGGACUUACACACUAACCCAUUGUGACAUUACCUCUAAAAUCACCCUCUCCAUCUCGCAGACCAUAAACAACUCUCAGUUGCAAGGGUGGUACAACAAAUUACAAAGGGACGAAGUGGUUGCACAUUGGAGGAAAAUUAAGGGGAAAAUGUCUCUCCACGUUCACCUCCAUGUCAGUGGAGGCCAUUUUCUGUUAGAUAUAUGUGCUGGCAUUAGAUACUUCAUCUUCUGCAAAGAGCUUCCAGUGGUGUUGAAUGCCUUCAUUCACGGUGAUAAAAACUUGUUCAAGGACUACCCAGAAUUACAGGAAGCUUUGGUUUGGGUUUACUUUCACUCAAAUAUUUCAAAAUUCAACAAGGUAGAAUGUUGGGGUCCACUGAAAGAUGUGUGUGCAUACUCAAGUGGGUGCCAUGAGGAGGGUAAGCAAGGUGAUAUUCCAGUUAGCGACAGCACGCAUAUCAAUAUGUCGAGGAAAUUGUGAAUGUGUGCCCAUGAGCUCAAACCAAUCACGUGGUCUUGAGAAUUGGAACUGAAUUAUUUUUCACAAUUAGUAUGCAGGGAGAACUUUGGGAAAUUGGAGUGUCGUGUAACUAUUCAGCAUCAGAAAAAAGGGGAAAUUGAAUUCAAUGUAAAUACUUAUUAUGAUAUUUGCCUGUGUUUUUGUUAGUACUAGCUACAACAAUGUGAUUAUGACUUAAAUUUAGACUGUGAGCAAUGCAUGGAUUAUUAUCUUAAUCCAGUGAGCCUUAAUUAUGCCCAAUGCUAGAAGUGAGCAUAAUAUCAGUUUAUUAAGGUUAUAAACUUUAGGAUUUUUUUAAUAAUAAAUUUGUAGGUUUUGGAAA